CGACUUUUUUUCGCUUUUUUCGAAAUUCUUCACAGUUUUUUAUGUAAUCGACAAAACUUGAUUAUUUUUAAAAAUAAACUACUAGUUCUAUAGGAAAUAUUUAAAAAUACGCCGGAAGUGGGACAUCAUGAAGCCAUUGAACAAAGAAAAUAUUCUUUCAUUCUAUUUACCGGCUAAUAGUAUGAUAAGUUACAGUGCGCUUUCCAUCAACAUAAUGAACCCUGCUAUAAGAAACAAUUUUUUUGGAUCUUCGGAUCUUACCAAUUUCCUUUUAUGGCACACGGUUUUAGGUGCUGGAUCUUACAUCUAUACGAGAAAGCAUUUGAAAAAAGCAUCUCAACAGAAUAAAUUGGCUUACGCUGCUGUUGGAGGUGUCUUAUUUAGUUUCGGAUCUGUACUUAUGUGGGCAUUUGCAAAAAACAUUUUACCGAAGAAUAAUGGAAUUGCAACAUUUGUUGGACUCAGUAGUGGUUUUAUCAUUGUACGCAUAACGUCAGAUUACCUGAACCAUGUUGAUGAACAAAUCUCUAAAGUUGAUUGAAAGAGUUACAUAUUUUCAUUUUAUUGACAAUAAUUUCAUAGACUUUCGAAUAUUUUUUUUGCUUCUAAGCUACCCUUAAGUAGCUAGAAUAAAAUUUGAGCCAUAAAUUGUACAGAAUAUAAAUAAGGUAAUGCAUUAACUCGUGCAUUUCAAUUAUAACUGCCUAGAUAGUUGAAAUAAAAUUCAUUUCCAAAUCUGAUUUUUUAUUAUUUUCGAUUAAAAUUUAAUUAAUCAAUUCACAAAGCAAAGAAAUUGCAUUUUUUAAAUCAAAUCCGUAAAGGGACUUCACACAAGCCCGUGACCAGUACCUCCGGGGACUAAGUUUAAAUCAAGUAAUCGACCAGGUGCAUGUUCUUUCCCACUAUCUGCUUCAGCUGCUUCGAUGUUUAUGAGCAGAUUAUCGUCAUCUUCUGCAUUAUUUUUAUUGAUAACGUCAUCAAACUGACCAUCACCUCCUUCAUCAAAGUUUUCAGUACCAUCUUCAGCUAAAUCAACAUCUAAUAAAGGACUAUCAUCAGAUAUUUUCGCUAUUUCCUUUCCAUGAAGGCCAUUCAGAUUUUGACGUCUCAUCUGAGGCUUAUUUUGACUUUUUCUUGUACUCUCCAUAUAUAUAGGUAGAUUAUUGUCAUCUUCUUCAUCUUCUUCUUUGAUAACGUCAUCAAACGGUCCAUUACUUCCUUCAUCAAGGUUUUCAGUAGCAUAUUCAUCUAAAUCAACAUCUAAUAAAGGACUAUCAUCAGAUAAUCUCUCUAUUUCCUUUUCCUGAAGGCCAUUCAGAUUUUGACGUCUCAUCUGAGGCUUAUUUUGAUUUUUUCUUGUAUUCUUCAUAUCAUUUCGAGAUUUAUUGCCAGAUGUUUUUCCUGUUUUCCCUCUUCUUCCUUCUCUUCCUACGUUUUCUGGAGAACUUGUUGAAAGGGAAUCACUUUCCUCUUCCUCACUUGAAGGAAUAGAUUCAUUUAUUGAUGAAUCGUCUGCUGAUGGGUCACUUGUUUCAUCUGGUAUUGAUUGGCCAACUGCGGAAUCAGAGUAAAAGGAAUCUCCUCCAGUCUUAACUGAUUUUGCAAAGACAGCAAUGAAAAGGAAAAUUAUAAAAACUUUAUUACUAAUCAUUUUUAGAGACAAAAAAAAACCGUUUGAAAUGCUUGAAAGGUUGAAAUAAGACUUAUGAAUUGCAAGAUUUUUCGUUCCUUAUAUUCAUUAUUAUCGUUAUGUUUUCACUUAGUUGUUUAUUAACUAAAGCGCCACACGUCUCAUGUUUCCUGUGCCUUCAUUUGACU